CUGGAGGGCGCUGAGCUGUACUAGGGCUGUACUGGGGCUCUUCUGGGCUGCACUGGGCUGUACUGGGGCCCUCUGGGCUGUACUGGGCUGUACUAGGCCCUCUUCUGGGCUGCACUGGGGUCUACUGGGAGGUGCUGGGGAGCAUUAGACCCUACUGGGGUUACACUGGAGGGCACUGGGCUGUACUGAGGUCUAGCUAAUGGACACUGAGAGGCACUGGAGCCAGCUGUGGCCCUUCUAGGGGGCACUGGGCUGUAAUGGGGCUGCACUGAGGAGCGUUGCGCUGUCCUGAAGCCCAGCUGGGGAGUGCUGGGCCAUAUUGGGGCCAGGGUGGAAGGCACUGGCACUGGCUGAGGUCAGACUGUGGAGUGCUGGUUCUGUACUGGGAGGUCACUGGGCCAUGCUGGGGCUGCGUUAGGGGGUGCUUGGGCCAUAUUGGUGCUUACUGGGCCAUGCUAGUGCCUGUCGGUCUACUCUAGGGUCAUGCUGGGAGGGGCUGGGCCAUUCUGGACGGGGACAUUGAGCCAUUCUGGGGGCCACUGGUCUUUGCUGGGGGAGGUGCUGGCCUCUCUUGGAUUGUUUCAGGGGUCACUGGACUACAUGGGGGACACUGGUCCAUACUGGGGCUUGCUAGGCCAUGGUACUGGGAGCCAUGUGAGGAAGGGCCGGGUGGACAGCAGAGUGAGGGUCCCUGAGCUGCCACCAGACUCCCCCAGGCUGGACCCUGGCCCUUCCAGCACCUGUUUUGCCCUGACUGUGCUGCCUGAUGGUCCAGACUGGGAGGGACCUGGUGGCCAGGGCGGGUGGCACAGCUCCGUCUCCUCAUUUGCAGGCUGGACCUGCCGCGAUGACUGCAAAUAUGAGUGCAUGUGGCUGACGGUGCGGCUCUACAUGCAGGGCGGCCACAAGGUGCCCCAGUUCCAUGGCAAGUGGCCCUUCUCGCGGUUCCUGUUCUUCCAGGAGCCGGCCUCCGCCUUUGCCUCCUUCCUCAACGGCCUGGCCAGCUUUGUGAUGCUGCUGCGCUACAAAGCUGCCGUCCCCCCCGCCUCCCCCAUGUACCCCACCUGCGUCGCCUUUGCCUGGGUUUCCUUAAACGCCUGGUUCUGGUCCACCGUUUUCCACACGAGGGACACGGCUGUGACGGAGAAACUGGACUAUUUCUGUGCUUCGGCCGUCGUCCUGCACUCCGUGUACCUGUGCUGCGUCAGGACGCUGGGGCUGCAGCGGCCAGCCUUAAUCAGUAUCUUCAGGGCCUUCCUCCUCCUCUUCCUCGCCUGCCACAUCUCCUACCUGACCCUCGUCCGCUUCGACUACGGCUACAACAUGGCUGCAAACGCGGCCAUCGGGCUCCUCAACCUGGCGUGGUGGUUGCGGUGGUGCCUGCAGAACCGCCCGCGCCUGCCCCACGUCUGGAAGUGCGCGGCCGUGGUGCUGCUGCUGCAGGCGCUGGCGCUGCUCGAGCUGCUCGACUUUCCCCCCCUCUUCUGGGUGCUGGACGCCCACGCGCUCUGGCACAUCGGCACCAUCCCCCUCAAUGUCCUCUUCUACAGUUUCCUGGUGGAUGACAGCCUCUACCUCCUGAAGGCCAACUCCGACCUCUGCAAAGCGGACUAGAGCUGCUGGGGGGGGAGCGCAGCCCCUCGCCCCCCCCCGCGGUCCUGCCCUGCCCUGUGCCAAGUGGCCCCCCGGACCCCCCAACCCACGGGCUCCUGCCCCCCAUUGCCUUCUGAGGUGUUGCUUUCCUCUCGGUACCCCCCGUGUGUCCCCCAUCUCCCUUCCCUGGGGUUCGGGGGGGCAGCACCCUCCGUGCUGGUUGUAUGGGGGCUCAGGAUGGCCGAGCCCCCCCUGCUCUGUCUGUGUGUCCCCCCCCUCCCCAAGUGUCACAGAGCCCGGCAGCCGCGAGGUGGCAAUGGCUGCUGGGGGACGUGGGUGGCUGGAGGAGGGGGGAUUGCUCGGAGCUGCGGGCCGCUGGUUGGCUUUUGCGGAGGGGGGGGAAACGUGUAGGGCUGGAGCGGUGCCUUGCGGGGGGCUGUGGGUGCCCCUCACCUCUGCCAGGGGGGCUGUGCCCCCCCCUCCCCCUGGGGAUGCGGGGUGUGUGUGUCCCCCUCCUCACCUGAGUGUGUUGUGGGGUGUGAAUAAAGUGGAGUUCAACCUGUGCCCCCCACCCAGC